AUGGUGAGCAGCGUCGGCAUCGACGAGCGAACUGUGCUUGGCUUUUCACAUCAUAUGAAUGCCUUACAAUUGAAAAGAAUGGCAUUGGAUUACCAUGAUGAAAUUAUAAGAAAACAGGAAUCCUACCUGUGUUAUUUCCACUGGAUCAAUGCCAACACCUUUGUGACGGGCUGGGUUAAUCGAGUGUGGACCGAAUCUUGGGUUGUUGUGGGAGAUUGCGUAUCGCGAACUAUGCGUUCGGUCUAUUCUGAAAAGGUUCAAUUCGGGUGGUCCAACACGCCGAACCAGGCUCUUAACAUGCCGGUGAUCGAGAACGGUGGACAGUCUCUGCUUAUUGUCUCUCCGAACUACUACAGUAAACCGGUCUACCGCGGUAUAGCUCGGGUGUUUUUGAACGGAUCCAGGGUCGUGCAUCCUCAGUAUCCGCAAUGGGUACAUGCUCCAGACUACGACGUGAAGGACAUACUCUAUUCUAACGGUGAUGGGGAAGUUUUUUAUCUUACUAGUGGACAUGAUCCCAAGGAAUUGCAUCUUUACGUGUCGGUAAACAGCACCUCAGGCAUCUGCCUCACCUGUGAUGAUCCAGGUUGCAGAUUCAGUAGCUCCAGGGUUUCCGACGACGGUCAGUUAGUUCUACAGGAAUGCCUGGGCCUUGAUGUUCCAACCACUGUGAUCAAACGCAUUCGACGCUCAACGUCCUCUACUGAAGGUCCGUUCAUAAAUCCUCCUUACACGAUUGGUCUUCCGCCGGUAUAUCUCGAAACCGUCGCCAUCAUAUCAAACAAUUCGUUACUUAAGGAGGCGUAUGCCAAACGUGCGAUGCCAGUAACAAAGUUUGAGCAGGUGACCAUUCGACGUGGAACGAAGGAGGAACUUACUCUCGAAGUUAAAUUCAUGCAUCCGCCAGAGCUAGUUGAGACCCAUAUCGUCACAUAUCCCCUACUUCUCGUCACGUAG